CCCUGCAGAACCCGGGCUCCGCGCUGCCUCCGUGGCACUCUUCCUCCCCCAGGGCCGCCCUGAUCGCUUCUCCUCCCGAAGACCAGUUGUGUCGCAUUCGUGACCGAAUUCAACUGGACAAGCCCUGGUGCCUUAGGAGACUGUCCCCCCACCUCCCCUCUGGCCCGGGCCCUGGCCCUCCUGGUGCCCUGUGCUCCUUCCUCUCAUCUUCUGGCACCCUUGCCUUCCACUGCCGCUGCCUGACCAGCUUGUGUUCAUGCCCGGUCCCCCAGCGCUCCGCCCUCCCUGACAUCCCCGGGAGACGACCCACACACUCCUGCAGCGGCUGCUGGUGCAGGGGGCCUCUCACUGGUUGUGGGCUUUUGUAAGGGGAGGGAAGCCCCUCUCUCUCUGUCACAGCACUGUGCACAGUGGCUCGUCCGUCGCGCUCAAAUGCAGGAGCUUGGGACACGCUGGCUCUCGUGCGGCCAGGAUGGAAGUGGACGCAGACGGAAACGGGGCUAAGAUCUUCGCCUACGCCUUCGACAAGAACCGGGGAAGGGGCUCGGGCCGGCUGCUGCACGAGCUGCUGUGGGAGCGGCACAGGGGCGGCAUCGCUCCCGGGUUCCAGGUUGUGCAUCUCAACGCGGUGACCGUGGACAAUCGCCUGGACAACCUGCAGCUGGUGCCGUGGGGCUGGCGGCCCAAAGCGGAGGAGACCUCCAGCAAACAGAGGGAGCAGAGCUUGUACUGGCUCGCAAUCCAGCAGCUUCCCACGGACCCCAUCGAGGAGCAGUUCCCCGCGCUGAGCGCCACGCGGUACUACAACGCCAACGGGGACGUGGUGGAGGAGGAGGAGAGCUCCUGCACCUACUACGAGUGCCACUACCCGCCCUGCACGAUGAUCGAGAAGCAGCUCCGGGAGUUCAACAUCUGCGGGCGCUGCCAGGUGGCCCGGUACUGCGGCUCGCAGUGCCAGCAGAAGGACUGGCCCGCCCACAAGAAGCACUGUCGGGAGAAGCGGCGCCCCUUCCAGCACGAGCUGGAGCCGGAGCGGUGACUGGGCAGCGGCAGCACGGCCCUGCGGCUCCAGGCCUGCCCUGGCACCGGGACACGGUGUGGGGAGCCUGGUGUGGAAGGAGCCAGCGCCCGGAGCGGCAGCGGCGGCGGCGGCGGCCCUGGCUGCGGGCACUUGGCGGGGCCCAGCGCUCCCCGGAAAGUGCUCCUCCAGUAGAGACAGCUGGGAGGCUCCCGCCAGGAUGCUUCUCAUUAUUUAUAUGUUAAUAUGUUUGUAAACUCAUGUACAGUUUUUUGGGGGGGAGGCCGAGGGGGGUUAGGAAUUACAAAUAGAAUCAUUUGCUGUCAUCCUCAAGCA